GAAUCCAAAGCCUCUCUCUUUAUGACACAAGAUCGCUCAGAAAUGUCUGAAGAUGACGACGACCAUCAAUCUCCACCGUUGGAUCUACCCUCUACCGCCAUAGAUGAUCCUUACUCAUCUUCCUCUUCACCAAACAAAUCUCGUAACUGUAUCUCCUCCUCUGGUACCUUAAAGUCUCAAACUUUCCCUGACCAUGUUCUCGAAAAUGUUCUUCAGUUCCUAGAUUCAAGAUGUGACCAUAACGAUGCUUCUUUAGUUUGCAAAUCUUGGUGGCGUAUGGAAGCUUUGACUCGAUCUGAGGUUUUAAUUGGUAACUAUUACGCUCUUUCUCCGGAGAGGUUGACUCAAAGAUUCAAGCGUGUUAGGUCACUUGUGCUUAAAGGGAAACCUAGGUUUGCUGAUUUCAAUCUCAUGCCUCCUGAUUAUGGUGCUAAUUUUGCUCCUUGGGUUUCUACUAUGGCUAAAGCUUAUCACUGGCUUGAGAAAGUUGAUUUGAAGAGGAUUGGUAUUGCUAUUGCUGCCAAUAAGUUCAUAAAGCUGAAAGUGCUUGAUUUGAUUGAGUCUGAGGUCACGGAUGAUGCAGUGGAUUGGAUUUCUUGUUUCCCUGAGGAUGUAACUUGUCUGGAGUCUUUAGCUUUUGACUGUGUGGAAGCUCCUAUCAAUUUUAAGGCGCUUGAGAGUCUUGUUGGUAGGUUACCGUUCUUGAAGAAACUUAGGCUGAACAGGUUUGUGUCCCUUGUGGAGCUACAUAGUCUGUUACUUGGAGCUCCACAGCUUACUAGUCUUGGGACAGGUUCAUUUAGUCAUGAUAAGGAACCUCAGAGUGAGCAAGAACUAGAUUAUGCUGCUGCAUUUCAUGCUUGUAAAUCUGUUGUUUGCCUGUCUGGAUUUAGGGAGUUGAUGUCGGAGUAUCUUCCAGCUAUCUUUCCGGUGUGUGCUAAUCUCACCUCCCUGAACUUCUGUUAUGCUAACAUUUCUCCUGACAUGUUUAAGCCCAUCAUACUAAAUUGCCACAAACUCCAGGUGUUCUGGGCCCUUGAUUCAAUAUGUGAUGAAGGACUACAGCCAGUUGCUGCAACUUGCAAGGAACUCCGUGAACUCCGAAUCUUCUCUUUUGAUCCAUGGGAAGACAGUGAAGGUCCUGUCUCUGAAUUAGGCCUGCAAGCAAUCUCCGAGGGUUGUAGGAAACUAGAAUCUAUUCUCUACUUUUGCCAGCACAUGACUAAUGCUGCCGAGAUAGCCAUGUCAGAGAACUGUCCUGAGCUUACUGUGUUUAGGCUCUGCAUAAUGGGUCGACAUAGGCCUGGGCAUGUGAUAGGGAAGCCUAUGGACGAGGGAUUUGGUGCCAUUGUUACAAAUUGCAAGAAGCUAACUCGCCUUGCAGUGUCGGGGUUGCUGAUAGAUCAAGCUUUUAGGUAUAUGGGUGAGUAUGGAAAAUUGGUCCGUACGCUUUCAGUUGCUUUUGUAGGGGACAAUGACAUGGCUCUGAGACAUGUACUUGAAGGUUUUCCUAGACUGCAAAAACUUGAGAUAAGGGAUAGUCCCUUUGGAGAUGUUGCGUUACGCUCUGGUAUGCAUCGCUAUUACAACAUGAGAUUUGUUUGGAUGUCGGCAUGUAGCUUGUCAAAGGGAUGCUGCAAGGAUAUUGCACCCGCAAUGACGAAUCUUGUUGUGGAAGUAAUUGGGUCAAAUGAUGAUGAUGACAAUAGGGGUUAUGUCGAAACUUUAUACAUGUAUCGGUCUCUUGAUGGUCCAAGGAAUGAUGCACCAAAGUUCGUCACGAUUUUAUAGAACGAGGAGCAUUUCCGUGCUACCGAUUUUUAAGAGGGGAGAAAGAAAUGGGUAGGUGUAGG